GCGUUCUCAGUAAAGCGUCGAUAUUGAACCGCGAUAGACGCAUUCUACUUCGUCUCCAGUCAGAAUAGUCGGGGUGCAUUAUGUGAAGUCGGUGUCGGCAAAGUUUUUCCGUUUGAAUUCGUGAUACGUUCGGUAUCGAAAGGUUUUUAAAUAAAAAACAAUAUAGUGUAGUUUGAAAGUUAUGCGAAAUUGAAGAUAUCGACAAAUUGCUAAAAGAAACUAUUUUAAUGGAAUUUUAUUGAACGGAAGUUUCAAUUGGAUAUCUAACAAGCAAAUUGGAUAUCGAACAAGAGUUUUAUUUCGUUGAUAUGUAUGGCAACGCAUCAAAAUUUACGUGCUAUAUGAUUGACAGAGAUAUUAAAGUUGUGUGUUUGCGUUUUACCGAUUGAUGAUGAAAGUAAAUUUCAUCAUUUAUACAACGAUUAUAUAGUGUGAUCAUUUCCACAUUAAUUGACUCAGUUGGCCUCGAUCAGCAAUUCUAAACAAAAGCAAAGAUUUUGAAAUUGCCAAAAAAUGGGACGAAAAAAAGUGAUUAAAGAUCCUCAAGAAGAGCUAGAAGCCGAAAGUAAGCUGCUUAUCGAUGAAGCGACCAAUUUAAUGAAAUUACACAACUAUACAAAAGCUCUGUCUAUAUAUCAGAAGGCACUUGAAUUGAAUCCAUCCGAUCAAAAUGCACUGGUUGCUCGAAGUAAAUGUUAUUUGUUGCUUGGCGAUCCAUCAAAAGGGCUUCAAGAUGCUGAAACCGCAUUAACCAAUGACAAAAACAAUAUACGAGCCAUUUAUCAGAAGGCUGAAGCCCUUUAUUUUCUCGGACAAUUUGAGUUGAGUUUAAUGUUUUUUCAUCGUGGUCUUCGUUUACGGCCAGAGUUGAAUAGCUUUCGUUUGGGUGUACAAAAGACGCAAGAAGCGAUUGAAAAAACGAUUGGUGGUUUUGAACGUCAAAAGAAACCGUCAUCAUCAAAAUCGAGUUCAAGAAAAAAAUCGAUGCCAACAAUACCAGAAGAGAGUCGACCAAAGACUGGCAUUAAAACAGCAAAUAAAGUGAGCUUAGAAAAGCGUGAGGCACGUAAAUUGCUUGGUGAACUAUGCGUUGAUAAAGAAUAUUUGGAGAGUCUGUUGAAAAAUCCAGACCUUAAACGGGCUGAUACUGGAACUGAACAGGUCUCAAAUCUGGUUAAUGAUGCCGUUCGCUUUUUAAAUUCACGACAAGAAUUUUGGCGACAACAAAGACCGUGUAACGCACUGCCGAAACAUAAGAAAAUUGACAUGAAAUGGAAUAAUUAAAUGAAUGCGCAUAAAAACAAACAAACGGGCAUAUUCGAAGCAUUUUUAAAUCAAAAUAUUUAUUAUCAGACAAUAGUCUACAACAGUUUUAGCUA